GCUAAGGUAAACAAAGAUAAAAGAGCCGUGUAUAAGAAAUGAGGAUAUUUCUCUUUUGUCCCGGCCCGAAAAACCCGAAAAGCGGGGCAGCGACCCUCUUUGGUGACCACGGUGGCCACGUCCUUGGCGCGAUUUUCUUCCUUCACCCUGUCAUUACAUGGAUGCGAAUAUCAAGCCAAUCGCGCGCCAGCACAUUCUUCGACCCCACCAUGUUGUCUUGUUGACCCUCUUCAUGCUCGUCUUUCGAGAGUACGACUCCAAGCUACUGCCUCAGCCUUUCUUGCUUCAUAUCUAUCGGUUGCUGAUGAACGAAGUCUCCGAGGUCGCUCAACCGAAGAAAUGGAAGCAGCUCCUCAAAGACAUUGUCGCUGCCCCAAAGGCUCAGGAAGGAGAGGCGUCAAAGCUAAUACACUCAUUUAGGAACGUUCACGUAGAACUUUACGCGACAGACAGACUCUCGGCUUUUCUUCGAGGUAUUGCCAUAUUGUUUGAAGAGAGAAGCGAAGAUGAUCCACCGUCGGUCUUGUCAUCUCGCUCGCUUUUUGGAUACUUCUGUCGACGGUGUCACAUCAGUUAUCUCAAAUUGUCUUGGGCUGGGCUGGUUGCAUUGCAUACCGAUUAUGUCGCUUGGUGCACCAGUGAGCACUCUGGAACAUACGCAUGCACCUUGGAUGAUCCAUUAAACUCAGUGGAUCGGUUAUUAUUCAGGACAAGAGGCGACCAAGUAUCUUGGCCUCAGCCUGAUCCUUAUGAAGAAAUGGAAAAGGCACACGCAACGGGUGAUGAGCUUGCUAUGGAUGAGAAUGCCAGGCGAUACUUUGAGCAACAGUUCACAGACGGGCCCGACUCCGGCUUACGACAGAAUGUGCUACUGAGUCUCAUCCGCAUGCAUUAUCUUCGACAUGAAUUUACGGCUGUUAGAACAAUCUUAUCUGAAGCCAUUUCUGUUUCUCGCAUUGCCGGCGACAAGAUCAUUUUGCAACACUGUGCUACUAUGCUAAACAGAUUACCUCCCAGUGAAGAGGGCAAGAAAGUGCCAUUGAAUGAAUUCCAACCUGACCUACACCCAUCAGAAAUCCUCUUUGAUGUCAAGAAACUCCUCGACGUAAAUAAUGAACAACCUUUAACUGCAGCAUUCGCAAAGAUUGUCCAAGCAAUAGGGUUGUAUGACUAUCGGACUGAAAUACAUCGAGAGGAAGACUAUGAGGCCGGCCAAUGGGGCCAACAUGCAGUACAGAGCAUUGUAUGGAGUGCCGCAGGGUGUGAUCAGCUUGCUCAAGUCGAGGAGAAUAUCGUUAUUGCCUUCACUGAAUACGGAGGUGACAACAACAACCGUCUCACUGUUAUUUUGAAUAAGGCUUACAGACAAGCCCGCCAAGGCAAAUAUACCCAAGCCCUUGUAUCACUGUUAGAACCUGACGUCUGGCGUGGAUUGACAAUUGAUGACUAUGCAUCUUGGGCCCAAGAAAUAUGGCAUAUUCUUGUUUUACGAGCCGUCCGUCGGAAACAAGAUCGGUUGUGUUCCAGUUUUCUACUUCCUAGAAAGCCUCCUGGCAAUUUCAAUCCUCGCCAUUAUACUCUUCAUAGUACUCCGACCCAGGUAUCUAAAAUUUUUGAUGACCUGCAUGAAGUUAUACGAAUGCGGGCUUGUGAACAGUCUCCAACUGCUGUGCACCACCUGUUGACGUCCCUCUGGCAUUCAGAAUUUCUGUUACGGUUAAAUCUGUACCGAACGAGUAUCAUCAUGCUCGCUGACGUAGGUCUUGAGCUUGGGUUGACUAAGCGAUCUCGACGUAUGUUGGAAAGAAUUAUGCCCCAGCUGAUCACCGGAAACGACAUAGAGCAACGAGCCUUAGCUUCUUUCACGUUGGCUCGUUGUAUUAUAGCCGCCGAGGGGGCUACUGAACAAAGCCUCCGUGAAGCAAACACGUAUCUCCGAGUGGCUGAGGCUGAUUUUAGCGCUUUAGAGAUGUACCGAGAAGCGUCAGAUGCCCAGUACUUGAGCUCGAUUGUAUUACACAAUCUGGGGGAUAAGCGUUCUCGGGAUGUCGCUGCUCGUAAUAAUGGCGUGACAGCGAAAAAAGCAACGGAAUUAGAGGAACAAUCGUAUGAUGAAGAGGUGGCCCGAAUCCUUGACACGGUAGCAUCAGUGGGGGCCAGAUUGGCGCUCCGUUAACAUACGUCGUUUCACUCGUCCACUGAAAAAUUUGUCCGAAAUUUUAUUCCACGUAACAGAAAGGUG